AUGGAUAACUUUACUUCUAAACCAAGAAUUUCAUCUGAUCUUGAACGAGAUGAAUUAUCCACGACAACACAAUAUUCAUCAUCAACAACUGAUAAAUCUAUUACACCUGACUCUUUUUAUUUUAAUAUCAAAAUUAUUGCUAUAGUCGUAGCUGCUUUUAUUAUUGGCAUUGGCAUUGUUCGCUUGAUCUUCAUGUUUUGUAAGUCAUCUCGUCCUGCUAAUAAUUCGUCAGCAGAUCGUCAUGCUACUCUUGUGCGACCUCAAUUGGCCACUAUUGAAUUAGCGCAUUUUAAACCAGAUUUGCCACCGACUUACGGCGAAGCAACAGCAACCAUUGAUAACGAUGCAACUAAACUACCAUCAUAUGACGAACUACAGAAUGAACAACAUCCACGUAGUACAAUCGCUACUGCACCAAUGCCAUAG